AUGAUGGGCUCGAAGUCCAAGAAGCGCGUGGUACUGCCCACUCGCCCGGCGCCCCCCACGAUGGAGCAGAUCCUGGAGGAUGUGCGUGGGGCGCCCGCCGAGGACCCGGUCUUCACCGCCCUGACCCUGGAAGACUCCUCAGACCCCUCCUGGAGGACUGAGAACCCUGAGGCCCAGCGGGAGCAGCUCUACCAGCAGAGCCAGGCUUUUGUGGCCACCAAUCAGCGGUUGAGGCAGGCGGGUGAGGAGCUAAGACAGAGGUGUGACGACCUUCGGCAAGCUGGCCAGGAGCUGGAGCAGGACGUCAUCCAGGUGAAGCAGGUGGCCCUGUCAGAGGCCUCGGCUGCCUCCUCAGGCUGACCUGGCCCUCGGGCUCUCCUGAGCACACAGCUCCCAGACAGUGCACCCACAGCCUCCUGGAACUUUUGGUCCCGGCCUGGCACACUUCAGACAUGGGCCCCCGGGUCUCAGAGGCAGAUUCUGGGUUCUGUUUCAGGGAUAAGACCCACCCUCGUAUCCAGAAACCCCAGGGGACAGAGCCUGCCCUGUGCGUGGUUGCAACAGAGCCAGUGAGUGAGGGGGCGCGCCGGCCUCAUCCGGGCACAGACCCCUUACCAAGGGUCAGGACAGGCCUUGUGAAUGCCAUUCACCCCUGGCUUCUCUUCUGGGCCGGAUUGCUGUCAGCCUGGACUUGGUGUGGGGCCUUAGAACCCAUCCUCCCCUCUCUUCCUUUGGUGACCCUGCUUCACUGAUCACUCAUUAGACUGAGCUUGUCUCUGUGCGAACCUCUGUGGAGCCCCCAGAAGUUCCAUAAGAGGAUGGGUAUUCUUUCCCUUCCUUCACCCGUGGUGGCUGUGGCCAUGGCCAUGUGAGGAGCAAUUGCCCAGCAGGGCCCAGAUCUGAGAUGGGGCCUCCAGUGGCCCCAAGCGCUCAGAUAUAAGGUGGGGGCUCUCCCCCAAGGCAGCACUUAUCCUUCUGGUUCAUGGUUGGGAUGCAGGACUGGCCUGUAGGCUGUGGGAUCCAUCAGAUGGGGGUGCUGGCCUGGGCUCCCAAUACAGAACAAGCUGUUUGGUUACUUGCUUGAAGCCCUCAUCUGACCAUUUCCAUCCUGGCAGGCCAGGCCCGUCAUGGGUAUCCCUACCAAGUCCCCCAGAUGAAAUCUGCCCUGCCAUCAGCCAUCUGGCAGUGCCUCUAAGCUGCUCCUUUCCAGGGUUCCCUGGGAGCUUAGGGAAGCACCUGGACUCAACAAGGCAAGUCCUUGACAUGGGUGACCCAGUAUCCCAGGAGGUGUUUUUCUCUCCUUGGAGAAAAGGGUGCCUGCUUAAGCCUGAGAGACCCCUGAGACCUGAAAAUGCCGGCUUGGCUCCAGUUAGGGCAGUGGACACUGAGGCUUCAUUGUCCGGGUCCCCCUGGCCCACCUGCUAAUAUCUCAGAGGUGCCCUGCUGCCCUGAACUGGGAGGUCACCGCUCCCUGCACAUCCCUGACCUCCAGGUGGGGCUACCUGAGUCUGAUUCUGGGGCUCCUGAACGCUCCCACCCCACCCAGGAUCAGGAGGAAACAUUCCAGCUACCUUUGCCUGCAUAUCCACCUGGUCUAAGUGUCCUCCCUGCGCAAGUCCCACAGCCCAAUCUGCCUCUAGCACACGGACCCAAUGCAGGCAGUCGGAUGGAAAACCCACACAGUACUCCAGUCCCACCCUGUCCUUACCCAUUUGGAAGGAGGGCCAUGUAGAGCAAGAUUCAACAGCUCCAUUUAUUAAAGGUGCACAUAAGAUGCCUGGUUCUGUGCCUUCCUUCUACCAGACAAUGGCUUUAGGUUGAAUAGGGUGGGAGGGGGGAACAGGGCUGUAUUUAUUUACAUAUAUUCUGUAACACUUCAGGGACCCACGGCAUAGACUCAAGGGGCACAGAGAUGGAUAGACCAAAACAAUCAGGUUCGGGCUGAGUUGUUGUGGCCGCUGGCCAGGUGACAGACUGGGGCACAGGGAGUGAGGUAAUGCUAUACUUUCAGGACGUUGCCUCAAUUCAGCACUCAGCUCAUGGUUUCCCAAGGUCACGGGCUGAGGGUGUUCUAGAGGCAAACAGGGUCCCCUCAGUAUGGCCAGGUGGCCAAACAGCCCUGAGGGGAUCAAGGCUUCACAGGAGAUGUCCUUUGGGUCCUAAGACUUUAGUCCUCCAGCUGAGUCUUCACAUCAGUUGCCCAGUAACCACCACUCUUCUCAGGGCCUAGGACCCCCACCGUCCCGCCCCAUAUGGUUGUGAGGUGUGGCUGUGCCCCCAUCAUGGGAACAGAGAAGGCAAGUGUGGCUGCAGGACAUGGGUGGAGCAUGAGCUCCCUGCAUGCUAGCCGAGGUGGGAGCUGCCCCCUUGUGAGGACAGGGGCAGGUGGAGGGGGCGGCCAGGGAGGGUCUGGGCAUCUCACCCAGUCACAGCAGCCACUCAGGCUCUAGAGGUAGCUCUGGGAGUUCUCCUCAUGACCCACAUGGGGAAACCGAGAUACAGAGUGUUGAGAGCACCACCCAGGGUCUCACAGUGCAUGGGUGCUCCCACCCCCAGUCCCCACCAUUUCAGACUCACUAUGGCUGGGCAAGCUGGGUAUAGGUCUGCAAGGCUUCUCCCACCAGGCCAUUUUGAGGGGCAGCUGGCCCAUGGCAAGUGUAAGAGCAUACAUCUGACAGCCCCUGCACUUCAAAGAGUUGAGACCACCUAGUCCUGCUCCUUCAGGCUAGGGAUGGGGACAAGGACUGGUGGUUUCUGAGAUGCGUCUGAGACAACCCCUGCC